AAGCAACGACAUUGAUAAGCCCACCGUAAUGUGUACAUAGUGCGUAAGACUUGUAUUUUUGGUAUUUUAUUGUAAAAAGUGAUGAUCGUAUUUUAGUUAUAUUAUUGUUUAAUUUUUUUCAUUUACCACAGUAGUCUUAAAUCAUGUCUGUUAAGUUUUGCUUUUAAUAUGAUAUUUGUUUUUUGCUGUUCGGUCGUACAAUAAAAAUAUAUUUUUAAUUUAAAAAAAAAAUGUCCAACAUUGAGUGUUUCUUAAGUUGUGAAAUAAAUCGUUUCACGUAGUUAACUAUCUUCUAAAUAUUUUUGAUAUGGCAGCUACAAUCGAGAUGAAUUUUAAUCCGUCCAAAUUUCAUUCAUCAAUAAAUAUACCGUUUCCAAGAUCAUCGUCCAUUGAAAACGAGUACUUUGUGUAUCAACAAGCCGAUCUUUUUUCCAAUAGUUUUUCUGCAAUCGAAGGUAUACGUCGAAUGGGAAAACUGUGUGACGUCACAUUGAAAGUGGAAAAUAUGUCAUUCAGUGCUCACCGCAUAGUAUUGGCAGCUACUGUGCCUUAUUUUAAUGCUAUGUUUACACAUGAUAUGAUUGAAAGCACUCAGAAAGAAAUUGUAAUGCAUGGAAUCGAACCAGAAGCGCUAGAAGCAUUAAUCAAUUUUGCAUAUAGUGGACGUAUUUCAAUAAAUGUCAAUAAUGUUCAAUCAUUAUUAAUUGGUGCUUCGUUUUUGCAGUUGAAAUGGGUGCGAAAUGCUUGUGCAACAUUUAUCAAAGAAAGGUAUUUGAAACUAAUCCCUUUAUAG